AUGGCGUUCAUCUUCGCUUCGCUAAUCGAACUGGCUGUAGUAGGAUACCUGUCUAGAAAUGGUCACCACGCGUCUAUCAAGUGCCACUGUUCGUGGUUAUGUAUGAAAUGUCGGGAAUGGACUGCGAUGAAGCUCGAUAAGGCCUCAUCAGUGAUAUUUCCGACCUGUUUCUUUUUGUUCAACAUUUGGUACUGGUUUGUCUUUUUAGGGUGA